UUCCCCUUCUUCUUCCUUCUCAUUCCUUCCUUCUUCUUCUUCUUCGAGCGACAGCAGCACCGGCACCAUCUUCACCAUCUUCUUCCUCCUUCUUCUUGCAAUUGUUGGUGUAAACAAACUAAGGAGGCGACAUUAUCGAAGAGCCCUUCUAAUAAUCGCGGUGUAGCAGACUUAGUCUCUUGAAGUGUUCAUUUGCUGAUUACAGAUCGGAUCCGGUCGGGAAUAAUCAGGUUAGCGAUGUUGAUGAGAGUGCUAAGGAUGUUCUUUUGAGCUGAGGCCGUGGAAACUUCUAGUUUGUAUUAGGAAUUUGUUUAAUGUAUAUUAGUUCUGAUUAGUUUUGAUUAUGUUAAUUAAAAUGGACUCGUAGUGAGUUGUAUGGUUACUUUAUGUUUAGAUUAGAUAUUUGAUUUGAGAUUUAGCUGUGUUGGUUUCGUUAUAGAGCUGGUGAUUCCUUUGCCCAUGUUUUGGGAUAUGAUUUAAGUUUCUUGGGAAAUAAUCCCUGUGACAACCCUGUUUACCCAGUCAACGGUAAGUCGGGUUGUUAUAGUCAUAGUGAGUCUUGCUUUGCACGAGCUACUUUUGAAAUUAACAAACAAAAAAAGGGUAAGAAAGACAAGGGUGAUCUAAAACAUUUUGAGCCUUUCAUGUAUAAGCAAUUAGUGGCUAGGGCAAUUAUAAGACAUGGUUAUUCCUUUACAUUUGCUGAAGAUGCUGGAAAUCGAGCUAUACAUAGCUUCUUAAAUGAAGAUUGUAAAUUUAUUUUUCGAAAAACCGCUAAGAAGUAUUGCUUAGAAGUCCAUCAAAAUGAAAAACUUAAGUUGAAGAAAAGAAUGAGCAUUGGGGUGUCUUCAAAAUUUUGCUUAACUACUGAUAUGUGGCAUUCGAUUGUGGAUGAGGGUUAUCUUUCAUUAACUGCACAUUAUAUUGAUGAUGAUUGGAAGUUACACAAUAAGAUUAUUGCCUUUUGUCAUGUCCCCCCUCCUCAUAAUGCCAACAUGAUACAUGAGAGGUUAAUUGCACUUAUAAAAGAAUGGAAGCUUCAACAAAAGGUGUUCUCUAUCACAUUAGACAAUGCUAAGUACAAUGAUAAUAUGCAAAAAUUGCUUGCUAAUAGUCUAAGUGUGUAUAAUACAUUGCUUGCUUAUGGUGAUUAUUUUCAUGUUCGUUGUGGUGCUCAUAUUUUGAACUUAAUUGUUCAAGAUGGUUUGAAGGUCAUUGGAGAUGAAAUAAAAACAAUAAAGACCUUGGUUAAGUAUAUAAAUGAUUCUGAAGUACGAAAAGCAAAGUUGAGGGAGUGUACAAUUGGUAUUGGUGUUAGUACUUCUAAAAGGUUGUGGUUGGAUUGUCCUAAAAGAUGGAAUUCUACCUAUAGGAUGCUUGAAAGGGCAUUGAUUUAUUGUCCUUGUUAUGAAAACCUGAAAAGAAUUGACAAAGACCUUCCUAAUAUUCCUACACAUGAUGAUUGAUCAAAGGUUAAAAAAAUUGUUGCACUUUUAAAACCUUUUGAUGAUAUAACAAAACAGUUUUCGGGGAGAAAUUAUCCAACUGCCAACUUGUACUUUAAAAGUGUGUGGAAAAUCGAAUGUUUGUUGAUACAGUAUGCUGAUAGUGAAGAUGAGUUUUUAAAAGAUAUGGCAAAGACUAUGAAAAAUAAAUUUGAUAAAUAUUGGGAAAAUUAUAGUGUUGUUCUUUCUUUUGCUGCCAUGAUGGAUCCUCGUUAUAAAUUUCAAUUGAUCAAAUAUUGUUUUGAACACUUGGAUCCUCAAAAUGGGUCCUGGAAAGCCAACCAAGUCAAAGACAAACUCUAUGAUUUAUUUGCAGAGUAUGUAAGGAAUGAUACUCCCUAUGACCAUGAAGCUAGUAGUAAUGUCCUGGAUGAUGAUCUUCCUGGAUUUUCAUCUUUUGCUGGAGGGACUAGUGGAAAUUUGUCACAAUUAGAUAUUUAUCUUGAGGAGUCUAGGCUUGAUCAUCAUCUUGAACUAGAUGUAUUGCAAUGGUGGAAAACAAAUGAAACUCGACAUGCACAGGUUGCGCGUAUGGCAAGGGAUUUAUUAGCCAUUCCAAUUACUACUGUUGCAUCCGAGUCAGCUUUUAGCUUAGGAGGUAGAGUGCUUACUAAGUAUAGAGCUUCUCUUCAACCGGAUACUGCUGAGACUUUAAUUACUAGUCGUAGUUGGCUAUUUGGUUAUAAAGUAAAAUAA